CUGCGCUACGGUGUGGAGAUUAAGCCAAACUGCACCAGCAGCAGCAUCUGGGAGUGGUGGGUCUUGACAACUAGCAGCGCAGAGCUGUUCAGAUGCACCGUGAUGUAAAUGUAUAACAGAAAUCCGUCGCAAUGUGAUGGUUAGAUUCUUCAGUGGAGCAUCGCUUCUCGUUACCCGCGCCCAUGGUGUUUACUGCUACACAAUGCAGACGGUGAUGCGGCGAGCGGUGGGUGUGCGCUUCUGAAGACCGCCACCGUUGGGGAGAAGAGAAGCUUCAUACAAGCAGCAAGUCUCUCAGCCACUGAAGCGGAACCACGCGCUGCGGAUAAUGUCUUUUUACUCCCUGCCAUUUUCCAUUCUUUCCCGGUUAAAAGCGACGGAAUCAACAGAAAGACCCUGAAAGUUGGAUAUAUAUUUCUUCUAAUAGUGGCAGUGCCAGAAGAGCCAAGAUGAAAUUUCCCACUGAGAAUCCAAGAAAACCAGGGAACAUGAACCCUCCACCAGUGGAAGUCCAGACCAACCUGGUUUCACCAAAGAAGGUGCAGCCAGGCAUGCUUCAGUCCAGCCUAGUACAUGCCAGUGUGGCCACUAUGCAGAACCCAAUGGGCUGCGUUCUGCCAAGGCUCUCCGCCUCCUCCCGUCCGCCGAGCAUGGUGGCCAGCAUGGAGGCGGUGGCCGAUGGCUCAGCUCCCUUCACCAUGAUGAAGCUGAAAACUGUGCUAGCUGUGUUUGUAGUGGUGGUGACCUACCUGGUGGCGGGGGGUUUGGUGUUCCAAGCGCUUGAGCAACCCUUUGAAAAUAACCAGAAGAUCACCAUCACAGCAGAGAAGGCAGCUUUCCUGCUAAAACACCCCUGUGUGUCCGCAGAAGACUUGGAGGCUAUCAUCAAGCACUCUGUGGAGGCUGUGAAUGCUGGAGUGAAUCCUGUAGGUGAUACCUCCUACAACUCAAGCCACUGGGAUCUGGGUAGUGCCUUCUUUUUUGCUGGAACUGUCAUCACCACUAUAGGAUAUGGUAACAUUGCUCCAAGCACAGAGGGAGGGAAGAUUUUCUGCAUUCUGUAUGCAAUAUUUGGGAUCCCGCUGUUGGAUUCCUCCUCGCAGGUGUUGGGACCAGCUAGUACCAUAUUUGUCAAAAGCAUUGCCAAAGUGGAGAAAUGUUUCGGGUGAAAUAAACAAAACCAAAUCAGUCAGACUAAAAUCCGUGUGGCAUCCACGCUGCUCUUUAUCCUGGCUGGCUGCAUCUUGUUUGUCACCAUCCCAGCUGUGAUUUUCAAGCACAUUGAGGGCUGGACAGCUCUGGAGUCAACCUAUUUUGUCGUCAUUACUCUGACAACAGUUGGAAUAGGUGACUAUGUGGCAGGUGGAGACCGGAGAAUUGAGUACCAGUGGUACAGACCGCUAGUGUGGUUCUGGAUCUUGGGUGGCCUGGCUUAUUUUGCUGCAGUGUUGAACAUGAUCAGUGACUGGCUGAGGGUGCUGUCCAAAAAGACAAAAGAAGAGGUUGGAGAGAUCAAAGCUCAUGCAGCUGAGUGGAAAGCAAAUGUUCGAGCUGAGUUCAGAGAGACACGCCGGCGCAUGAGCAUAGAAGUCCACGACAAGUUACAGCGAGCUGCAACCAUCCGAAGCAUGGAGAGACGGCAGCUAGGCCUGGACCAGCGUGCUGUGUCCCUGGACAUGCUCCCAGAACGGCGUGCCAUCUUCAACAGUCUGGAUGCCAACAACUAUAAGACUUCUUCCCAGGAAAGUAUCGACACUAAGCUAAACAACCUUCGACUGCGAGAGGCCGAACAGUGUGACCGACGCUCCAGCUCCCAAACCAUGUCUGAGGACAACAUUUUUAAUCGCCUUGGCUCCGUCACCAAGCUAGCCAAGCGUAACAGGAAUAGAGACCUAAAGAAAAACAUCCCAGAUGAAACUCGCCGGCCUCAUAGUGAAGCGUACGGUUACAGCAUACCUGCUUUUGACUGCAGCAUACCUACGACAGAUGAAGGAAGAAGAAAAGACGAAGGAGAGGAUGAAAACGAAGACAAGGAAUGCAACACCAGUUUGUCGGAUUUUCCACUGUUUGUGGAAGCUUGCAAGCUGCAAAAUGGGCUUAUACAGGAGCACACCAAAGAGAACGAGGAUGACAAAACCCAUGAUACAGAUCUCCAUAUUAAGAUAGACUCUGCAUGAUCCUACAGAUGGGUUUUUAAAUACCACCAUUAGUGCCUCUCCCUUAUUCCUGUGUGUGCUUGAGCAAGGACAGAACCUUUCCUUUUUGAUAUAUACAGUAAUGGUCACAUAUUCAAUGGGCUCUAUGGAUCUGAGGCAUAGAUGUUACUUUCUAUAAAUCAAGACCUGGAAGGGUUUCUGUCAUUGUUCUUUGACAAAUGAUUGUUAAGUUAUAGUAAAAGUUGUCAGCUAUGUCCAUUGUUUUUCUCAAUUGUACUGUACUCAGCUAUAAUCUAUAAAGAUACACACGUAUCCCAUGGAGAGAUUUCAAUUGUCCAAGUGGGAAAGGGAAUUUUCUGUUUUGUCAUAGUAUACAGUACAUGUCAUAUACAACCACAAGUUGUUAGUCAGCACUGUUUCUUCUGUACACUGCACUUUCACUUGAAUUUGAAAUGAAAUAUAAACAAACAUAUAAAGUUUUGGCAUGGGCGGAGCUACAAGAAACUGUUCUGACCAUCUACACGGGGCCCCGCUUUUAGAAAUGAUCCAGAAACAUUUAGACAUGGCAGCAAUUACCAAUGUGUCCAACCAUGCAGAUGAUGUGGUUUGUAAAGAACCAAAUGAAAUUGUAAAAAAUAAGCUGAUGCAGAUCACUCUCCAGAUUCAAAAGUGUUAGCAUUAAAAAAUUAGACUUAAAAACAGAACUGGCACUGUUAGAUGUGUGAUGAAAGUUUGGAUGUCAGUGACAGAAUUGGAGGUGUCUUAAAUGAGGUCUUAUGUGUACACACAGACGUACAACUUUGUUGUGACUUCAUCCGUGUCUCAAGCAUAAUAAAUAUGAAAACAGA